CCUAAACAUAACUGGUCUGUCUCAGGCUUAGUAGCCGAUCACCGAUCACCGCACUGAGUAAAAAUGGCGGAUGACAAGGACCCUCUGAAACAGCUGAGAGAUCUGACGCAGCUCAAAAACCAGCUGGAGGAGAUCCAAAGGCGCGUGGAGAGCGAAGUGUCCGCAGGACUUCCUCAGGGAGGCUCAUUCUUGGGAUCUCCAUUUCUGAAGGGAUUCUUUGCCGGCUAUGUGGUGGCCAAGCUACGCUCCUCUGCCAUCUUGGGAGUCUUGCUGGGAACAGUCACUGGCAUAUACGCGGCACAGAGCUAUCAAGUGCCCAACAUUGAAAGGACCGUGAAAGACUACAUGAACAACUUGAAAAAAGGACCAAAGUAAUUUGAUCUGACUGUUACUCCUACCAGUGACAUAACAGGGCACAAGAGGAAGAAAUACAGUCACAGCUGCUGCCUUGUCAGCAGCUCAUGACGGACCAGCCUUCAAGAUUUCUGUGGUUUGACUGGAAUUGAAUUUGUGACUUAAAGUAAAAGACUGACCUUUUUUUAUUUA